AUAAACGUAGGUUAUGGCUAUAUAUAGAGGAAAGGUCUCUUAACUGAGAGCAUAACAAAGCUGGUAUAAUACGAUCCCAGCAAGUGUAUUUGUGAUUUAGUCUAUAUUUUGUACCUUCAACAUGUGUCCUUUGGCCUAUGUGGAUGACGACAAAGAAAAAGUUAAGAAAUCCUGUUCAUGCCCUCAUGAAACGGUUACUGCCCCUUUGGGGGGCACUGUUACAUUUAAAUGCCCUAUCACUUGGGAACCUGGAGAAACUAAAACAUUGCAAGUGUCUUGGUUGAAGAAACUGAAGAGUGACGGUGAAGUUCAAGUGCAUUGCCAGAACGGCGGAGAUGAAGAAGUGACUCAGAAUGAAGAUUACAUUGGCAGAACAUCCUUAUGUGAAAACUGGGUGAAAGAUGUGAACGGAGCACUAACACUUACAAAUGUAAAGAUUUCAGAUGCAGGAGAUUACAUUUGCUUUGUCACCCACUUAGCUGAAGACAUUAAAAGAACUAUGUGCUGUGAAGUUGCCUUGAAAGUUGAGAGUGACAGAUGA